CAGACGUCACGCGCUGAACUCGGCGUCACCCGGAAGAGAGGAGUGUCGGUGUGUGUGAGGAUUGUUUACAUUUCCUGCUGCCCGUUAAAAUGAAUCCUCUGAUGAUCAACUCGACCAACUCCGUUUCAACGACCAAAAGAAAACGAGAAGCUGAGCGCUCAGUUAACUGGACAGUGGAGGAAACUCAGGUGCUGCUGUGCGCCUGGAGUGAUGAGCGCAUCCAGAAGAAUUUGGCAGAAAACCUUCGCAACCGCCAUGUCUUCAAACACCUCUCAACCCGCAUGAGUGAAAUGGGUUUCUCUCGGAGUCCACACCAGUGCCGGCUUCGGGUCAAAACUCUGAAGGCUAACUAUGUGAGAGCCAAACUACAGAGGAGCGUUGACGUCACGCAGCCUUGCACCUUUAAAUACUUUGCUGAGAUGGAUGCUGUGUUGGGCCGGAGACCUGGGGGAGGAGAAGGAGGGCCCUGUUUUGUUUCUCCAGAACGGAUGGCAGAGCGUCACCUUGACUCUGGUGACAGGACUGGAAGUAUCCCCUCAGAUUUAAAUUCUAGUACAGAGAUUAGUGGACACCAUUUUGGUUCCUUGGAGAGGACAGGAAGACAAUGUUUGAGCUCUUUAGAGGAGAGAGGAGGCCGUCAGUCUUGGCAGUUCGACUCUGAAGUCAAGUUGGAGGAGAGAGAAGAAGAUUCAACAGAUGAGUUUGAGUUCAGCAAUACAGGAUUCUCACAGCGUCUGAGAGACAGACAGCAGGAAGUUUAUUUGGAAUCACCCAUCCAUCGGGAAAUUAGUGGUACACUAGUGGAAAACAGCUUGAGCAUUCCUUCCCCACAUGUAGUACCUCCUCCACCUGCUCCUCCUCCUCUUACCCAAUCCAGGGCCUCGCCUGUCCCUGCACCCCCAGAUCCAAGCCCCAGCACCAUCCCCACCUCUGGCCACCAUCGCCCUGUGUCCACCUGCCUGGAACCCGACCUCAGGCGCCUGUCGGAGUGCUUCCAGCAGCUGGUGUCGGAGACCCGUUGCUUGCUGGUGCAGCUGGAGAGUCAGCGGCAGGAGCAGGCUCGCUGGCAUCAGGAGCUCUUGGUCCAAUGGCUGCAGAGGGAGGAGCGCCGGCAGAAGGAGACUGCUGAGAGGGAGGAAAGGAGGGAGAAAGCUCGCAUGGAGCAUGAGAUCAGAGUCCUGGAGCUCAUCACAUGUCUAGCCAGAGAACACAGGUGUAAAUGUGGAGGCAGCCAGACUGUAGCAGAGGCACCUACUAGUCCAAAUCAUACCACGAACAAAGAUGGGAAGUAGGAUGCGCUCACGCCAAGGAUUUUUACAGUGGUUAACCCAGAGAACACUGAUGCAUUCAAGCUCGGGUGGAACCAAAAAAAUGCACUGAUAAUGAUUAUAGCCACAGACAGCAAACCGACACAUUCAGGGUGAUUGGGUUAGGCCUUAACCCAGAGUGACAUGGAGUGAAAUUUUAAUUGAACCAAAUUCACGAAAAGACCCUCAAUCCUGGAGUCUGUGGGUAAAAGAGGAUCAAUGUUGAUGAUGGUCAGUCACGCUCAAAGAGGUUAGAAAAGGAAAGUACAGUUGAAGUGUAAAGGAGAAGUUGUUCUUCCCUCUAUUCUCUGUUACAACAUCUGUCAGGGGAUUUCUUAGGUGUCAGUUGGUUACCAAAUGUAAUAGAAUUGUUUCAGGCACUUUUAUAUAAAUAAAAAAAAAAAGAUAUUUUCAACCAG